UAAAAACUUUUAUCAAACAGCUGGGCCUCCCAUCUUCCUCUUCCUCUGUUUUCUGCAUGCUGUAAUAUAGCACGGCCAGCAGGGAAGAAACCGGCAGGCACCGGUACUGGCAACGUCACCGGCAGGGAAGUGUUUGGUGAAAUCAGAAACUCAAUCGUUAGAUUCAGAGUAAUAAUAAUAAUUCUUCGCUUAGUAUUUAACGGGAAGACAAUUGUGGUUAUCGGGUUUAAUUCCUUCAAUAAAUUACAAUAAUCAUGGCGGCUGCCGUGGUAGCAAAUGGGAAACAGAAAUUAGAACAAAGAGGGCCUAAAAUUGGGGUUAUUAGUGGUCCGACCAAUCCAAUGGUGACACCUCUUUUAACAGAUCUUUAUCAAUUUACAAUGGCUUAUGCUUAUUGGAAAGCUGGAAAACACAAUGAACGAGCUGUGUUUGACUUGUAUUUCCGUAAGAAUCCAUUUGGUGGUGAAUAUACAAUAUUUUCUGGGUUAGAAGAAUGCAUAAAGCUUAUUGCUCAUUACAAAUUAACUGAGGAUGAGAUAGCUUUUAUCAGGAAAUCAUUGCCCCCGUCGUGUGAGGAUGCCUUCUAUAACUACCUUCGAGGAAUUGACUGUUCAGAUGUUGAGAUAUUUUCUAUACCUGAAGGUUCAGUUGUCUUUCCCAAGGUGCCACUGAUGAGGAUUGAAGGGUCCAUUGCUGUGGUUCAACUACUAGAAACUGCACUUGUCAAUCUCAUAAACUAUGCAUCGCUAGUCACUACUAAUGCAGCAAGACAUCGUUUUGUUGCGGGAAAGUCCAAGCUGCUGCUGGAAUUUGGGCUUCGAAGAGCACAGGGUCCAGAUGGUGGUAUAUCAGCUUCGAAAUAUUGCUAUAUGGGAGGAUUUGAUGCAACAAGCAAUGUGGCAGCUGGGAAGUUAUUUGGGAUCCCGCUCCGUGGAACACAUUCCCAUGCCUUCGUUAGCUCAUUUAUGAGCCUAGAUGAGAUCACUGAGAGAUCACUUACGCACCUUGAUAGUCCCAAGGUUUGUAAGGAUUUUGUUUGUCUAGUGAAGACGUGGCUUACUAAAUUAAAGCGGUCACGCUUAUUAGGUGGAAUUUUCAAUGAGACAAACCAAAGUGAAUUAGCAGCUUUCGCCUCAUAUGGGCUCGCCUUUCCUGGAAGCUUUUUGGCCCUUGUCGAUACUUAUGAUGUCAUGAGAAGUGGUGUUCCAAAUUUUUGUGCAGUUGCUCUUGCACUUAAUGAUUUGGGGUAUAGAGCAGUUGGCGUUAGAUUAGAUUCUGGUGAUCUUGCUUAUCAGUCAUGCGAAGCCAGGAAAUUCUUUCAAACUAUUGAAAAAGAGUUUGGAGUGCCUGGUUUUGGAAAGAUGAACAUCACAGCUAGCAAUGACCUUAAUGAGGAAACAUUGGAUGCGCUAAAGAAACAGGGACACGAGGUUGAUUCUUUUGGUAUUGGAACACAUUUGGUUACCUGUUACGCACAGCCCGCUCUAGGUGUUGUUUUCAAGUUGGUUGAGAUAAAUAAUCAACCUAGGAUCAAGCUUUCUGAAGAUGUUACAAAGGUCUCCAUUCCAUGUAAAAAACGGUGUUUCAGAUUGUAUGGGAAGGAAGGCUACCCCCUUGUUGACAUAAUGACCGGUGAAAAUGAGCCACCUCCUAAGGUAGGUGAACGAAUUUUGUGUCGUCAUCCGUUUACUGAAUCUAAAAGGGCAUAUGUUGUUCCCCAACAUGUUGAGGAGCUUUUAAAGUGUUUUUGGCCUGGAAGUUCAGAUAAAAUACAAGAAGAUUUGCCUCCAUUGAAGGACAUAAGGGAACGGUGUAUUGAACAACUGGAGCAGAUGCGGCCAGAUCACAUGAGAAGGCUGAACCCAACACCAUACAAGGUUAGCGUGAGCGCAAAGUUGUAUGAUUUCAUCCAUUUCCUCUGGCUCAACGAAGCCCCGGUUGGGGAGUUGCAAUGAUCGAUCAAAUGAAGGAAUAUAAUUUUUGGAAGAUUCUUUUUGCGCAGCAUAGUUGGUUCGAAAAGGAUCUUCUAAUAACAUGUACAUCUUUUUUCCUUUUCUUUUCCUUUUUUCUGGGCAGUGGAGUAUCUAAAAUAUCUUGGAUAUUUAU